AUGAAAGAAAAUUUAAUAAGUGAGAGCUUCAUUGAAAAUCUAAAUAAUGAGAUAUAUAGAAGAAUAUCCAUAACAAAAAUUAAUAAAGAGCAAGCAAAGCUAAAUCUAUCCGAAUUACAGAUAACAUCUCUUGAAGAAAAGAAUGGAUGGUCUGAAUCUGAUAUUAGAUAUUUUUUAACGUUAAUAAGUCAAUAUGAAAAUCCUGACUUCAUUGACUGGACAUCAAUAUCAGAAUACUUCUCAAACCAGACAGAAAAAUCAUGCCAAGCUCUUUAUGCAAAUCUUAUCGAGCAGAAAAUCAUCCGGCAAAAAAAUGAAAAGAACUACAUCAUUGCAACUAGAUUCCGUUACUAA